AAACCAAAAGAUAACAAGUCACUUAUAUCUAAAUUUGGACAUACCAAUAUCAAAGCAAUAAUAGAUAACCCCACCCCUCCCUCGUAUCCUACUUUUCAUUUCACAAGUUAUACCCCGCAAUAUGCUGUCUACAUUAACACGAUGUCAAAAAGUUCCUACAAUGCCUAAAUUUUUUAAAGAGAAUUUAACACUAGAUCAUUUCAUUCUUCGAGGACAUGUCAUUUCUUUAUAUCGACAAAUUGUAAGAUGUACAAAAGGAAUGGAUAAAAAUGAUGCUAAAGAAUUAAUGCAAUGGGCAAGAGCAGACUUUGAACGUCACCGUAACGAAACUAACAUUGAAACAAUUAGAUCUUUAUUAUCUUCGGGGAAACAUCAGAUGCAUUCAUUACAAAGCUCAGUUAGUUUAGCUCAUACAAAUAAGAAACUCUAAGUCGUAUAUAUAAUAAUAAACUUGUGAUUUUCUACAACAAA